GGCUCAUCUUCACCAAGUACUAAUUUCUCUACUCUGUUCUCUCACUUUUCACCAGUCACCAAUUUUCUCCCUUCGUUAUCUCAUCUUCACCGCCUGAUUGCUGUCAAGCUAGCCGCUGUCGUCUCUCUUGUUCUCAACUUCACCUGUUGCAGGCGGUGAGAGCUAAGCGUUUGCUGCCACUACGAGCCGAUACAUCUCCUCGCCCUUCUCUUUCUAUUUUCCCUCUCUCUCCUACAGCACUCUUCUCCUCCGCCUCGCAUUUUCCACCUCCUUUCUGGUCGUCUCCGGUCAUCAACCUAAUUGCUUCUCUCUAUACUUCCUUUCCGCCUGUCGGCAUCUCUGUCGCUUCUCGCACCAGCCGCUAUACUCCAACAACAUGCCCGGUAUCGAAGUUGUGGACCUGAUUAGUGACGACGGAGAGGGUUACGACGAGGAACAUGACGUUUUCGGAUAUGAGCCUGAAGAGAAUGAGACUCCAGAUCAAAUCUCGUAUAUCGAGAUUCAAGACGAUGAAGAUUCACUGGAUGAGACGCCCACGACACCAACCGAAUCGUUCCCCGAGGAAAUAGAAGUCCCGCAUAUCGACCACCACGGCUGCGGCCGGAUCAAGCCCGGAGAUACAGUGGAAAUGAAAAAUGCAUCUAGUGACAGUACUCUACGUGCCGGAGACUUCUUGAGGGUUGAAAAGGUCAUUGAAGUUCUGGAGACGGGCGAGGUGAAGCUGCGGGGUUACGCAAUGAGAAGAACAAAGCAUCUGGCACCGCAAUUUGACAGACACCUCAAUGAGCUAUUCAUGAACUGGGAGGUUAGGCAAAACGACGAGAGGCGGCACUCAGACCAAGGCCUGCAGGAUUUAGCACUCGAUCACGUAUCCCGGAAGCGCGAGUGUGUUCUAACCAAUAGGCCAUACCCAUCCCUCAGUUUCCGUGACAUCAAACCAGAAAUACCGACCAGUAUUCGUAAAAACGAGGAGGCCCGUGAUUGGAUCUAUGAGCACGGAAGGCUCGUAUGCAGAUACCUGAACAAGGUCUUCGUGCAUAAGGGCAAGGCUACAUACACGGGGGAGGUUAGAAGCUUAUAUGAAGAAGAAUGCGACGAUACGAAAGCUUCGACGUCAGCUGCUGGGAAGCAUCAUCGACAUUCGUCAUCGGUCGAAAUCCUCGACUCCGACCCCAUAUCAGAGCGCCCGCAGUUACCACAAAAAUCUAGAAGAUAUAGAUUCGGAGAUUGUUUCUGCGGGGCUGGUGGCGCCUCCAAGGGUGCCUCCAACGCUGGACUCAAGGUGCUCUGGGGAGCAGAUAAUGACAAGACGGUUUUGGAAGCAUAUGAACUCAACUUUCCCGACGCAUCUGCUAUAGAGAUCGAUAUUCACGAAUUGCCCACAUAUAUGACGAGGAAGAACUUCUAUGUGGACAUCCUCAAUCUCAGUUGCCCGUGUCAGUUCUGGUCGGGCGCCCAUACUUGUCCCGGGCAAAACGACCAGAAAAACGUUGAAGCGCUCUACACGGUGGGACCUGCUAUCAAGAUCCUAAAGCCAAGAAUAGUGUCGCUUGAACAGACACCAGGCUUGAUCCGAUUCAAAAAGCACAGAUUAUAUUGGCGGUUCUUAAUCCAUCAGCUUCUUAAUGAGGGUUACAAUGUUCGUUACACUGUUGAGAACUUUGCAGAAUUUGGGCUCCCCCAGCGUCGGACGCGCCUGCUCCUGCUCGCCGCAAAGCGGGGCAUUCCCUUGCCUCCGUUCCCUCGACCAACCCAUGGACCCUUUGGGAGUGGAUUAAAACCGCUGGUGUCCAUCUGGGAUGCGCUGGCGCCGAUUCGGCAGCUUCCACCGGGCACCCGCGAUCACUACCACCAACCGUGGGAAGAAAAGCGCGUCAACGGAAUUCCGUAUAAUCCAAGAGAAGGACCCAUGAUGAAGUGUAUCACCGCCAGUGGAGGGCCUGCUGCUCUCUAUUUCGACGGGACCCGCCGUUUCACGCCUCGAGAGGCCUCGUGCUUGCAAGGGUUCGACCUAGACUUCUAUCUGGCUGGAUCAAAGACACAGGCAAUGCGACAAGUGGGGAACGCAUUUCCGCCCAUAAUGGCCGAGCUAGUGCUCCUGUCAGCGGCACAGACACUGGAAGCAUUUGAUCAUGGCCUUAUUGACAAGGAAGAAGAUAUACUCGACCUUUAUGAGACUCUUACCGCCAAAGGCAUCGAUCUGAACAGUUCUUCCGCAGCUUCGUCGCCUUCUUCGCCGUUCUCGUCUGAGAAUUUGGCUUCCUCGUCUUCGUCGGGGCCUUCCUCUGGGGAGAAUAACUUCCGCUAUCUGAACCGUCUACGGCGUUCGAUCGUACCAAAGAAGAGGCUCCGGCUCUUUGGUGCUGUGCCUCGGAUCGAAGCGAGGCCGGAUCGAAGGGUGAAAAAGAGGGCUGCUGCUGGCUUCGGUCUCUUCGUCGACGGCGGAGCUGACGACGAUGAUGGAGCGUCUGAGAGGCGUAAAAGAAUUAAACAGGACAGCCCGGCGACUCAGCAAAAGCAGAUAGAGGAGCAAUUCUGGCGUGAAUAUGGGGGUAAGACAAUUGAGUUGGACUGAGAUGUAUACGGCGUCCGAUGUCGAGUUCUCUGAAGGGGAGCCACGGAAUUUCCCGACUGUGUUCCUUCACGGUCGCUUUCUUCGCUUUCUUCGCUUUAUUUUUCACUUCUUCAUCUUCCCUUUUAAUUAUUUUCUUCUACCUUCGUGGUUCUGCGACGGCAAAAUGUGUUUCUGCACUUUUUGCAAUCUGCCAGCGACCAAUUUCCUCUCUUUUGCUCAGGUUAUUGGCAGGGGGAGAAAGCUCUUCGGCUCCUUGCAUUAUGCAGAUGCUUUCGGCGGAAGCACCAGCUGCCAGAAUGCUAUUAGAUCGUCAUAAUCUGGCUAGGUUCUUCUGCGGAUGAUAUAGACG